UUUAUUAUAUUUAUCGUAUAUUGUAGACUGUUGGCUGCAAAUUUAAUUCUUUGGUCUUUUACCCUUGUUUAUUUUGAGGUAAACUUUUAGUGCUCUGGGUUACUCUUUAGGUAAAUAUUACAGUUUUUCUGUCUUUUUUUGAAAGCUUUUGUUUAUUAUUUUGAAUUAUUUCUUCUAGUAGAUCUUUAAAACUUUUUACUUUUAGUCAUCACAUUUUAAUAUUUGUAUCUUAUUUUCAAGUAAGUUUUAACAGUUUAAAAGUUUCUAUAUUUUUUGGUGGCAGCUUGAAAAAACUGGGGAGAACUGGGAAUGUCCAGCUAAUGUAUGGGUUUCUAUAGAGCUUUUCUUUCUUUUUUUUUUUUAAUAGAGCUUAGUCUUAGGUAUAAUGUUUAAUAUUCUUCAUCUGUAGCUCAAAUGAAAGAAUAGAAAGUUUACUUGUUAUGGAUACUGGUGGCACCAAGUUCUAGGAUUUAAUGUAGCCCCUACCCAUAUUGAUGAAGAAAGAAUUAGAUUUAAAAAUGGAAGAUUUAAAUGACUAGAAGAGAGUUGAGUGCAGAGAAGGCAAGGCCUUUUGCCUUUACAAAAAACAGAACAACAGUAGCAAAAACAUUAAAAAAAAAAUCUAUUUGAAAUGUCAGAGUACUUUAAAAGAAGAAUCGAAAUUGCAUAUGGGCUGUGUAGGAGUUUGGCAGAAAAUGACUCACAAAUUUUUAUAUUAGCUGACAAAUUGAAUAUAAGUUGGUAAAGCAUCUCUCUCCAUUCCCUCCGUCCCUUUUCAAGAAGGCCUGAUAUUAAGUGUAAUAAAAAAGAAGGAAACGUUUCAUUGUGGUUAGCCAUGAUCAGAUCCAUGGCUGUGGUGGUCAGUAUCGGUUACAUUACUGGUAUGGUACUUGUAAAAGGAUGUGAAGAAUUUGGACAGAGUUCAGAUGGGUCUUAAAGUUUAUUAAAAAAAAAAUUUUUUUUUUUUUUUAGAGGAUUGGAAAAAUAAAGCCUAUUAAUCAAGGUUAAAGAACCUGAGAUUUUUAAGCCUGAGGAAUGGAAGCUUAAUGGUUGAUCUAACAGGAGCCUUCACUGUCCACUUGAGUAAUAUUUUUAUAGACAGCCCCAGCCUACAGGGAAUAGCAUUUCAAAGCUUCAUUUCUUAGCCAGUUGAUAAGAACACAUUACAAAGUCAUGAAUAAUAUAGCUCGGAAGUAUAACGUAGUGUAUAUUGCAAUGGAAAAUAAUAGGAAGCACUGUUGUACUGAAACAAUGUUUUGGGCUCCAUGGACUUCAACUGCUCCUGCGGAUACGUAUAGAACUUUAGAAAAAUUAUAAAAGCCAGAUAUAAGAUACCAUUAUCAGGUUGUGUGUUUUCUGAUGAAGGGUAGGAGAAGGGAAAGACUUAAUACCUCAACAUGGCAGGGAGUCACAGUGGUGAAGUUAGUUAAUUAGUAAUUUAGAGCUCUUUCCUUGUAGUCUAUUAUAACUAUCUCUAGCACCACCCCUUUUUCUGAUGUGCUAUGCAUAUUAUGUUAUGUUCCUAUCUGUGUUUAAUUUUCCAAAGUCCCCUUUGAGAUUGGUCCCACAAAGCACAGCGGUUGGGAAUUGGUUGAUGAGUAAUAGCCUUUUAUAAGCUUACUUUAGCUGGCCUUAGUUGGGGGUCCUUGGGUCCAUUGUCUUUUUCUUUGUCAUGUUGGGAAAGGAAAGGUAAGAACAGCAGCAUUUAGAAAUUGCAGCAGUUUUUUAAAAUUUCUCUAAGUUAGAUACCUUGAUCUUAGCUGUUGUCUGCACAACACCUUGUUUUAACAUGGCAUGAAUUGGCCUAGAGUGGUAUGCGUUCUUCUCCCGAGGACUUCACCCUGUUUUUUUCUUUUCCAGUUUUGAAAGCCCUGAAUUGGUAGAACUUGAAUUUGUCUACGGUUUGUGUCAAGAUUAGGUCUUUGAUUCACAGAUUUUGGUGGGAAUCUGAAUGGAUUUGGGAGACUGUACAUUUAGAGAUGCCUGAAUCUCCCCAUAGAACUACUGAAUCAGAAUCUUUCAGAAUGGUAAAAUGAACCCCAUAUACCCUUCAUCCAGCUUCAACAAUUAACAAUUUAUGGUAUGGCCUCACAAGUCUUGGUCUACCCACCAUAUGUUUAUCAAACCCAGUCAAGUGCCUUUUGUAGUGUCAAGAAACUCAAAGUAGAGCCAAGCAGUUGUGUAUUCCAGGAAAGAAACUAUCCACGGACCUAUGUGAAUGGUAGAAACUUUGGAAAUUCUCAUCCUCUCACAAAGGGUAGUGCUUUUCAGACAAAGAUACCAUUUAACAGACCUCGAGGACACAACUUUUCAUUGAAGACAAGUGCUGUUGUUUUAAAAAACGCUGCAGGUGCUACAAAGGUUAUAGCUCAGGCGCAGCAGGCUCAAGUGGAGGCACCUCAGAUAGGGGCUUGGCGAGACAGGUUCAGUUUCCUAGAAGGCCCCCAGCGAUGUGGACUGAAGCGCAAGAGUGAGGAGUUGGAUAAUCACAGCAGCGCAAUGCAGAUUGUUGAUGAAUUGUCCAUACUUCCUGCAAUGUUGCAAACGAACAUGGGGAAUCCAGUGACAGUUGUGACAGCUACCACAGGAUCAAAACAGAAUUGUACCACUGGAGAAGGUGACUAUCAGUUAGUACAGCAUGAAGUCUUAUGCUCCAUGAAAAAUACUUAUGAAGUCCUUGAUUUUCUUGGUCGAGGCACUUUUGGCCAGGUAGUUAAAUGCUGGAAAAGAGGAACAAAUGAAAUCGUGGCAAUCAAAAUUUUGAAGAAUCAUCCUUCUUAUGCACGUCAAGGUCAAAUAGAAGUGAGCAUAUUAGCAAGACUCAGUACUGAAAAUGCUGAUGAAUAUAACUUUGUGCGUGCUUACGAAUGCUUUCAGCACCGUAACCAUACGUGUUUAGUCUUUGAGAUGCUGGAACAAAAUUUGUACGAUUUCCUGAAACAAAAUAAAUUCAGUCCCUUGCCACUAAAAGUAAUUCGGCCGAUUCUUCAACAAGUGGCCACUGCACUGAAAAAAUUGAAAAGUCUUGGUUUAAUUCAUGCUGACCUCAAACCGGAGAAUAUUAUGUUGGUGGAUCCUAUUCGGCAGCCAUACAGGGUUAAAGUAAUAGACUUUGGAUCUGCCAGUCAUGUAUCAAAGACUGUUUGUUCAACAUAUCUACAAUCUCGGUACUACAGAGCUCCAGAGAUUAUAUUGGGGUUGCCAUUUUGUGAAGCCAUAGACAUGUGGUCAUUGGGAUGUGUGAUUGCGGAAUUAUUUCUUGGAUGGCCGCUCUACCCAGGAGCCUUGGAGUAUGACCAGAUUCGAUACAUUUCUCAGACUCAAGGUUUACCAGGAGAGCAGUUGUUAAAUGUGGGUACAAAAUCCACAAGAUUUUUUUGCAGAGAAACAGAUAUAUCUCAUUCUGGUUGGAGAUUAAAGACUCUAGAAGAGCAUGAGGCAGAGACAGGAAUGAAGUCUAAAGAAGCCAGGAAGUACAUAUUCAACAGUCUGGAUGAUAUAGUGCAUGUGAACACAGUGAUGGAUCUGGAAGGAAGUGAUCUUUUGGCUGAGAAAGCUGAUAGAAGAGAAUUUGUUAGUUUGUUGAAGAAAAUGUUGCUGAUUGAUGCAGAUUUAAGAAUUACUCCAGCUGAGACUCUGAACCAUCCUUUUGUUAAUAUGAAACAUCUUCUAGAUUUCCCUCAUAGCAACCAUGUAAAAUCCUGUUUUCAUAUUAUGGAUAUUUGUAAGUCCCAUCCAAAUUCAUGUGACACAAAUAAUCACAGUAAAACAACACUUCUAAGACCAGUUGCUUCAGGCAAUGCUGCUAAUCUGGCAGCAAAUUUCACUAAAAUUGGCACAUUAAGAAGUCAGGCAUUAACCACAUCCGCUCAUUCCGUUGUACACCAUGGAAUACCUCUGCAGGCGGGAACUGCUCAGUUUGGUUGUGGUGAUGCUUUUCAGCAGACACUGAUUAUCUGUCCCCCAGCUAUUCAAGGUAUUCCUGCAACGCACGCUAAACCCACUAGUUAUUCAAUAAGGGUAGAUAACACAGUGCCGCUUGUAACUCAGGCCCCAGCUAUGCAGCCACUACAGAUCCGACCAGGAGUUCUUUCUCAGCAGACAUGGUCUGGUAGAACACAGCAGAUGCUGGUACCUGCCUGGCAACAGAUAACACCCAUGGCUCCUGCUACUACUACACUAACUUCUGAGGGUGUGGCUGCUUCACAGAGGCUUGGAGACUGGGGGAAAAUGAUUUCACACAGCAAUCAUUAUAACUCAGUGGUGCCGCAACCUCUGCUAACCAAUCAGAUAACUCUCUCUGCCCCUCAGCCAAUUAGUGUGGGCAUUGCACACGUUGUCUGGCCUCAGCCUCCCACUACCAAGAAAAAUAAGCUGUGCCAGAACAGAGGUAUUUUGGUAAAACUAAUGGAAUGGGAGCCAGGAAGAGAGGAAGUAAAUGCUUUCAGUUGGAGUAAUUCAUUGCAGAAUACCAAUAUCCCCCAUUCAGCAUUUAUUUCUCCAAAGAUAAUAAAUGGGAAAGAUGUCGAGGAAGUAAGUUGUAUAGAAACACAGGACAAUCCUAACUCAGCAGGAGAGGCAAGAAAUGGUUGUGAAACAUCUGUCAGACAGGACUCUGAUUCGUCGGGUUCAGACAAACAGCGGCAAACCAUCAUCAUUGCCGAUUCCCCAAGUCCCGCCGUGAGCGUGAUCACUAUCAGCAGUGACACGGAUGAGGAAGAUACAUCGCAGAGACAUUCGCUCCGAGAAUGUAAAGGAAGUCUAGAUUGUGAAGCUUGCCAGAGCACUUUGAAUAUUGAUCGGAUGUGUUCGUUAAGUAGUCCUGAUAGUACUCUGAGCACCAGCUCCUCAGGGCAGUUCAGCCCGUCCCCUUGCAAGAGACCGAACAGUAUGUCAGAUGAAGAGCAAGAAAGUGGUUGUGAUACCGUAGAUGGCUCUCCAACGUCGGAGUCGUCAGGGCAUGACAGUCCAUUUACAGAGAGCAGUUUUGUGGCUAAUACUCAUCAGAACACAGACCUGGUAACCUCUGCUGACACGAAAACCAAACCAGCUGUUUGUACUGUUGUGGUGCCACCAAUGGGAUUGCAAAAUGGAUUAAAUGCUGAGCUUAUGGCAAACACAGAUUCUGCAUGCCAGCCAUUAAUAAAAGGACGAUCUGUGCCUGGAAGAUUAAACCAGCCUUCUGCAGUGGGGAGUCGCCAGCAGAAACUGAUAUCAGCAUUCCAGCAGCAGCCUCUGAACUUCAGUCAGGUUCAGCACUUCGGAUCUGGGCAUCAAGAGUGGAAUGGAAACUUUGCUCAUCGAAGACAGCAAGCUUAUAUCCCUACUAGUGUUACGAGUCAUCCAUUCACUCUUUCGCAUGGAAGUCCCGGUCACACAGCAGUGCAUGCCCAUCUGGCUGGAAAUACUCACCUUGGAGGACAGGCUACUCUGCUUCCAUACCCGUCAUCAGCUGCCCUCAGUAGUGCUGCACCAGUGGCCCACCUCUUAGCCUCUCCAUGUACCUCAAGACCUAUGUUACAGCAUCCAACCUAUAGUAUCUCCCAUCCCAGUGGCAUAGUUCACCAAGUCCCAGUGGGCAUAAAUCCCCGUCUGUUACCAUCCCCAACCAUUCAUCAGACUCAGUACAAACCAAUCUUCCCACCACAUUCUUUCAUUGCAGCGUCACCUGCAUAUACAGGAUUUCCACUGAGUCCAACAAAACUCAGCCAGUAUCCAUAUAUGUGAAAACUCAAAACAGUAUAUUGAGGAAGCUCAAUGAUAUAACCAUUUGAUUAAAAAUAAAAACAUGGUAUUUAAUAAAUAUUAGCCAUGGCACAAGAAAAUUAUUUUUGAAUCAUGUAGACUUGGGUGCAAUUUAAACAACUUUGAGCUUUAAAAAAAAAAAAAAAAACAAACUCACUUUUAAUGUGUUUUGCACAUUUGGUAUAACUUGUCUUUGGUCAUGUUAUCUUCUUAUGUAGUAACUCUAGACAGGUGACUUAUGGGAGCAGAAGCCCAGUUUUGCUCCUGCUAUUUUUUAUAAAACUGCCUUCUAACUAGUGCAAGACACGUCCACAUUUGGGAAGCCAUUCUGUGUACAGACUUUAGAGCAACAGAUGCACAUACGUCAGAAUUACAGCAUAUAAGUGAACUGUAUUCUCUUUGUCUUAGUGUAUAAAUGUUGGGUCACUUACCUAAGAAACUGAGCUAUCGUUCUUUACAUUUGCAUGUGUCUUUUGCAUGGGCAAACUGUUGCCUAGACUUUGCUCUUAAAUGUUGUUCUAAUAAUCUCAGCUGCAUUGUAAACCGUUCCCACACAUAGUGCCUUAAAUAUUUGAGGUUGUUAAUGUUAUUACCUAUUAUAAAUGUUGAGGACUGCAGCACUUAAAAUCCAGACCUACUCUUUACUUUUUUUUUUGAUAGAGUAAUGUUCAUUUUUGGUUUUGUGUGGUAUGAUUUUGGGUAGUAGCUGUUUUUUCCUUAUUAAGAGGGCAGCAUGUUUGCUAUGGCUAAAUUCUGCUGUCUGAGUUUUCAGAAUGAUCUAGCUUCAAGAAAAGCAAGCAGUUAGUAGUGCUUAAGACAAAUUGAUUCAGUAUCUAAUGGAUAGUUGAUAACUGUCACAACACAGCAUUUUAUAUACUGUUAAAUGAAACUGCAAUACAAUCUAGGUUUAUUUUGGGAGUGUUUGCUGUAUAAUUGGAUUUAAAAAAUGUUUAGAGGUGCAGUAGGCAUGACUUUGAAUAGAUAAUGAAAGGAAAUGCAAAAUGCUCAUUGAUUCAUGAUGUGGUUUCAUCUUAGCUUGGGCAAACCAUGCAGUAUUUAAUAAAUAGUAGCAGAAUAUUUACUAUUGAAGCUUGAAAAGAUGUGAGUUCUUUGUGUGCAAUUUUUCAUUUAUGCAUGUGAGGUUUUUUUUUUUUUUUAAUAUUUUUACAUUGUGUUUGUUUUGCUUGUUGGUGGUAUUUGCUUAUUUAAUACAUUCCGUCAGGGACAGAAAUUACAUGCUUUUUUUUCCCCUAGGAAGUCUGUCUUGGGUUUUUCCUUGCUAUUCUGUUCGUUCUUUCUUUUUUUUUUAAAUUGUAGUGGUGGUUAUGUUUAAAUGAAGUUGCUUUUACAGCACCAAAGACUUAAUCAUCCAUUUCCUAUAUAAAAGGUAGCUACUUUUUGCAUAGACCUCAAGUAUAUUGUAGUGUAGAGAUGGAAUUUAAGGAAAGGUAUUAAACUGAGGCUGUGUUUUAGCUUAUGGGCAAGUAAUAAAUUGUAUCAUUUAUCUUGAAUGUAUCAUAGAUAAGCUGCUAUAUAACGAUUGCCACUUCAGAUAGCUGUGAAAUUAGGUGAUUAACUAGUUGUUAUUUAGCCUUCUAAUUUCUGUAUAAGUCUAAUUAUAUGAAAUAGAAGUUGGGGUUUUGAUUUUUUACUUUGCUUUUCUGUUUGGAGUGUCAUUGUAACUACUGUAUUGUAAAUGAUGGAAAAUAAUUGCAUAUGUUAUUUUGGAGUGUGUUAUUUGCAUCAGUAUUUUAUCUCUAUUAAUGUUUGUGCUCAUCACUGCAUAUUAAAAAAAAACUUGGAUGUAUCAAUGUAACUUAAUUUUUUAUUUUCAUGUUGGCAUUGUAGACACUUGAGAAAGCUGUAUCUUGCAGGCUUGACUUAACUUUUUUUCCUUAAAAAUCUGGAAUAUAAUCUUUUACAGCAUUUACUGGAAUAAAGAAUACAAAGCAUUUGAGUGUAAAACUCUCCAGAUGUUUUGGACUUAGAGCAUUUCUUUGAUGAAUGAAUUGCAUACCACUAGUACAGCUCCAGGAUAGCGCUGACAAUAAGCUAAUAAUAAUGGGUAAACUUUUCUUUUCUCCAUUAACAUAAGCAGUGUUUUAUUUAAUAAUCAUCAAUGAAAUAAAUGUGCCUGAUGUUGAUUUUUUUAAAAUUACAGUAUUAGAUCAUAAAAUAAAAACCAGCAGUACAUUUUUAGUCACACUGAAAAUGAAGGACUUAAUUUUCCCCACAAGUUUCAGUGUUUUUAGUAAUCAACUCUAUGCAUUUUAUAUAAAUAUAAAUAAAUAUAUAUAUCUAUAUAAGACACAUGAAAAAGGAGUAGCCUGAUUAAUUUAAAAGAUCAUUUAUGGAUGACAAAUUUAUGGAGUCACUUUAUUUAAGUAAACUUGCUGCCCUCCACAGCCUUCUCAUUUUAUUUAUAUGAUCCAGCAGAUUACUGGGAUCUGCUCCCUUCUUGGAAAUGAAAUCAGUGCUGGUACGGAUGUUUCAGAAGCACCAAGUAUAAAACUGGUGCAGUUUUCUUUUUGUUCAGAGCCACGUUCAUAUAUUCCUUGAAAUGUCUGUACUUAAGUUCCAAGACUGAGAUAGUCUUGUUAAAUUGACAAUAAAUGGUAAAUGUCAAUAUUUUCAUAAUACAAUAAUAAUGUUUGAUAAAGGGAUACUCCAGUUAGGUACACUGUUCUUAAUUGAUUAUAAUCAUGGGCUUUGUAUGUGUUUAAAAGAAAAAAAUUUCAAAAUCCUGCUAAAGCCUGAAUUUAGCAUACUGACAAAAGAAUCUGGGUAAUAUCUUCUUUAAAACCAUUCUUACCAGUUUUCUUUGGUCUUUAAUGCUUUCUUAAAUAAAACACUGCAUGACUUCCGAGUUGCAUAAUUGCAUACUAUUUUAAUUUGCAAAUUAUUUUUUAUGUAAUAUCCUGAUAUUUAGUGUUUCCUUCAGGGUAUUUAAGUAAAUAUGCUACUGUAUUAGCAAAAUCUUUUUCAUUUUAAAAAUCUACUACUAAUUUUAAACUUGGUUUGUGUUAAGUAAAAGUUAAAUCAUACACUGCAAGGUGUAGGAAGAUUUGUUUUAAUAAACCCAAUGAUAUAGGUUUGAUUACUGAGUUUGACUUGUUAACUGUUUAACAGUUUUAGACUGUGGCUUUCUUUGGUUUGUUUGUUUUUGCUUUUACUUCUAUGCUACACUAGUUUGCCAUGUAGCAAUUGCACUGUGCAAUAUUACAAUAAGGACUGGGAAAAAAUUUUAUGGAUGUAAUGUCUAUUAUGGUUUGCGAUAGUAUUUCUCUCUAGUUCUCAGUGAUUUAAAUGUGACCAAGCCUUCUGUACUUUGUCACAAAAAGCGGGUUUUCCAGGUGACUCUUUUGGUGAGUGUCAAAAUAAGAAUUUAUGGUGUAUUACUGUUGAUUCACUUUGAAUUAAAAUAUAUAUAUUGCAGCAAA